UCAGUUGCUUUUUUACCCUCAGCUAAGCCGGUUGCAUUUUAGUUCAACGAGAAACUGCUUGUACUAUGUCGGCCAAACCCAUCCUCUAUUACGCUCCCCGUAGUCCCCCCUGUCGUGCUGUUCUGCUGACGGCCGCCGCCCUCGGUUUGGAGUUGGACUUGCGACUGGUCAACGUAAAGGCCGGAGAGCACAAAUCCGCCGAGUUUCUCAAGUUGAAUGCGCAGCACACGAUCCCCGUGCUCGAUGAUAACGGCACCAUCGUGAGCGAUUCGCACAUUAUCUGCAGCUAUCUGGCAGAUAAGUACGCACCGGAGGGCGAUGAUUCCCUGUAUCCAAAGGAUCCGGAGAAGCGGCGCCUGGUGGAUGCCCGUUUGUACUACGAUUGCGGUCAUCUAUUCCCGCGAAUCCGUUUCAUUGUCGAGCCGGUGAUCUAUUUCGGAGCUGGCGAGGUGCCCAGCGAUCGAGUGGCCUACCUUCAGAAGGCCUAUGAUGGCUUGGAGCACUGUCUGGCUGAAGGUGAUUACUUGGUGGGCGACAAGCUGACCAUCGCCGAUCUCAGCUGCAUCGCAUCGGUGUCCACGGCCGAGGCUUUUGCGCCAAUCGAGCCGGAUCAGUUUCCACGCCUGGUACAGUGGGUCAAGCGCAUUCAGGCCCUUCCAUACUACCAGAAAAACAAUCAGGAAGGUCUGGAUAUGUUGGUGGGACUGGUUAAGGGACUUUUGGCUGAGCGACAGCAGAAGUAAUAUAAACGGUUUUUAUUCGAAAUCAUAAUGGACUUUAUUUAUUUCGCUUGAGUUCUGGUUUAAAAAUCGUAAGCUUUAAUUUAGCACAUAAAACAAGCAUUUGCGAUUUAAGAACUUUUGAUGCCAUAAAUCCAUCUCAAACAAUCAAUCAAUACUGCGAGUAAUAAAAACAUGAGUUUCAUUAGACAGCAGCCAGGACG